AUAUAAUAUUAAAGUUCUAAAAGUUAAAUUGAAAUGCCCAAUUAAUUUAAGAAAGAUAUACGCACCAGAUACAAUUCAAGAGUAAGCUUGGCAACCCAUUUUUAUUGUUUCUUCUAUUUUUCGUACAAAAAAAAAAAUGUAAAUGCUAUAAAAAAGUUACGGACACAGUGAGUGUAAACAAAUGAAUUCUUUUGUUUAUAUUAAUUAUUGACGGGACAUUGCGUGAAUAAAAGGACAGUGACAAAAUAAAAUUAAAUGUAAUAUUAAACGACAAUGCAUAAACUUCAAGUUACUUUUCGUACAGAUAUAUACGCACGAAAAUAUGAAUAUAUACAUACUUACGUAUAAAUAAAAAUUCAAAAAUAAAAUGUUACCGCGAGGAGGCUUUAAAUUCUUAAAAUAGUAAAGAAUAUACAUAUGUGUAACCGUUCGCAAUUUUUUACUCGCACAUCUCGUUGUUAAGUGGAGAAUUAAUUCAAUUACGCCAAAUAGUCAUUGGCAUAGUACAUUUCUAAAAUUUACAUCUCUAAUCUAGUAUAUUACCGACUCAUGGGCAUUCGGUUUGGGCAGCUAAACGAAAUUUAUUUUUAUAUCUUAUCAAUGAGAUGAAUUUGCUUAUCAGUUUUAUAAAUACAAAUAACAAAAGAUAAAAUGGCUGAGUAAAUAUCGCUGUUUCCAUUAAUAAAAAAAAGCAAUUGUUAAACGGCCACAAAAACAGUAAAGCUUAGUCGUAUUGCUAUUACAAGCCUGUUAUCAUGGAAGCUGCACAGACGAGUGCAACUGUGCCAGACGGCGGUCGGGGAUGGGUGAUUGUAGGCGCUGUGGCAUUAAUAAAUAUGACAAACCAAUAUAUACACUCCGUUUUCGGCUUGCUAUUCGGUGCCAAAUUAAAAAGUAUGCAGGAGCAAACUUUCACCGCGGCAUUAAUUUUAAAUUUAAGCAGUUUGACAUUAAAUUUCUCCGGUUUAUUCAUUGGACCGGCUAUAAAGACGUUUAAGCAGCGCAAUGUCGCAGUGACUGGGAUUUUGUUUGUUUCAUUUGGUUUGCUGCUUUGUGCAUUCGCAACGGAAAGCUGGCAUUUUAUUGUUGGCUACAGUUUAUUUGUUGGUCUUGGACUCGGUUUAAUAACACCAUCCACAUUUAUGGCUAUUAGUUCGUAUUUUAACACAAAACGUGGUCGGGCCGUAGGAUUAUCCUUGGCUGGUUCCGGCGUAGGUCAGGUGACAGUACCGCAUGUAGUACGCUUACUUCUAGAUAACUAUGGUUUUCGAGCCACUGUCUUUGCUAUGUCACUAUUUUCUCUAAUUGGCCUAAUUGGCGCUGCGUUGCUAAAACCACUAGCUGCUCCAAUCAGACACAAUAAUCGGCAACAUUUGCGUCUAUUGUUAUCAACAGAUGAUGAGAAAAACAAAUCAGUGCCACCACAAUUCAAAGAGAAUGAAGCUGAAAACAAUAAAUUAAUGAAGAAAGAACAGGCGAAUACUAAUGUCAGUCCAUCUAGGGAGCAUUGCUGUCAUAAUGUGACCCAGCGAUUGGUGCAAGCCAUGGAUUUAGAAUUACUCAGAGAUACUACUUUCUGGAGUAUCAUUGUUGGCAUGGGUUUAGUUUACACAUCCACUAUACAGUUCACUAUGUUGUUUCCGCAUUUCCUGCAGUACUCAGUUGGACUUUCGUCUUUCAAUACAGCAACAUGCAUGUCUACGGUGGCUGGCGCCGAUAUUGUAUGCCGACUUUUAUUGCCCUGCAUCACUGACAAGUUAAAAAUACCCUAUCGUCUUGUAUUCCUAUUGGGAACGGUGGGCUUACUUAUUUCGCGUGCAGCCCUUGCCGAAUCCAUGGAUAUGACCACAAUCAUCGUAAUGUCAAUUUUUACUGGCAUGACCAAAUCGGCCACAGUGCUGAACAAUAAUCUAACAAUUUCAAGUCAUUGCCGACCAGAAAAACUACCAGGCGGCUUGGGUUUGAAUAUGAUAGCCAAAGGUGUGCUUGUUAUUACUAUUGGCCAAUUACUUGGUUGGAUACGUGAUUAUACACACUCUUACAUACUGUGUUUGCAUGCACAAAAUAUUUUACUGUUGUUGGUUGUAUUGGUUUGGGCUCCAGAGCUUUUCUGCCAGCACCGGAAGAGUCAGAGAGCAAGAAAGGCAGCAGCAGCAGGAAGUGAAGAAUACAACAAAAUGAGCGUCUGCUGAAUAUCUAAAGUUGCGAAAGCACCAGAGUUUGACACAGUAUUACUUUUUUGGUGUUAUGAAAACCAUUUUGAAUUUAAUACUUGUUUACUAUAUAUGUAUUGUACAUAUUUAUAGAUUUAAAUUGAUUAAGUUAAAUUAUAAUGUAAUGGAGAUUAAUGAAGUCUGCAUUAACUGGACUUUAUAUGUGAUAUUAUGCCAAUGAACGCAAUUCAUAUAUGAAUUGCAAGAUAUUUAUUAUUACGUAUAAGUAUGCAAGACUAUUUUAUAUACUUUAACUAUAGUAAUUUUUUAAUUCAAAAUAUCAAAGAAACUUCGAAAUUAAUAAAGAAAUAAAUAUUGAAAUUAUAA